UGAGUGAGACUGGAAGAGAGAGAGGGAGAGAGAGAGGCAGGGGCUAUACAAGCAUGCCUUUUAUAUUUACUAGCAAUUGAGGAGAGAGCCGGAGAGACGGAAAGAGAGAGAGGGUGAAGAUACAAGCAGUGUGCAUAGCUUUCCCAAGAGGAAAUGAAAAGAAAAAGGCUCUGCAAGGAAAGAGAGAGAGACAGAGACUGAAAGAGAGUGAGUGAGACAGAGAGAGAGAGGGAGCAAGUGUAUCUUCUCACUUAAGUCAUAUCUAAGACUGAGUCGGAUGGUAGGGAAGUGUGCGUGUAAGAGAAGGAGAGAGCGAGAAAGGGAGCGAGCGAGAGAACGAAGCUUUGCUCUCUCCACGUCCACGCUCACUCUCUCUCUUUCACGCUCAGACUCACGACGGACGCUCUUUUGUGUGAGCAGGAUUGUUCUGCGUCCAGUCUGACCCCCUGUCACCCCCCCAGAGUGUGUUUAGGCAUGUGUGUGUAAGCUUGUGUCUGCGUGUGUGAGGGUCCUGGAACGCGGAGGUCUUGCUUAGGGGGUCUGUCCGAGUCAAGGGGGUGUCUGAAGAAGAGGAGGAGUGUGUCCUGGCACAGCUGCUCAACACUGGACAUGCACAUCAGCCCCUCUGCGGGAGGUCUGGGUCUGACAUAGCCUCGGCCAGUCGCAGCCUGCGUUAGAGGCAGCCCUGCAUGCAGGAGCGCCAUGGCAGCCAUGCCGUUCGUCACUGAGGGGAAGUGUGUGAGUGUGGAGUGGGAUUUCCUGCAAGGACUCCUCGCCAAACCACCCACCCUGCCCUGCUUACAAAACCUGCGUAAGGAGAAGUCUCGAAAUGCAGCACGAUCUCGUCGUGGGAAAGAAAACUUUGAGUUUUUUGAGCUGGCCAAGAUGCUUCCUCUCCCAGGUGCCAUCACCAGCCAGCUAGACAAGGCCUCUGUCAUCAGGCUGACCAUCAGCUACCUGCACAUGAGACACUUUGCCAGCCAGGGAGACCCCCCCUGGAGCCCCCUGCUGGAAGGGGAGAAUAAUUGCAACAAGGUGCGAAGAAGUAGUCAUUCACUCGCAACUGACAUAUUUGAGCAGCACCUGGGAGCACAUCUACUACAGUCUCUGGAUGGGUUUGUGUUCGUGGUCAGUCAAGAGGGCCGAUUCCUGUACAUCUCUGAGACUGUGUCAAUCUAUUUGGGCCUCUCACAGGUGGAGUUGACAGGCAGUAGUGUGUUUGACUACAUCCAUCCUGCAGACCAUGUGGAGAUGGCAGAGCGACUUGGAAUUAAGCCACACCUCCGUGCAGAGGCGGGCUGUCAGAUGACUCAAGAAAGCAUCUCAAGCUCCGCCUCCACGUCCUCUCUGGCUGGCACACCUGAACCAGCCCCCUCUAGUCCCCUCUCAUCCGGGGAUGAGCUGGCAGAGCGAGGAUUCUUCAUCCGGAUGAAAUCCACCCUCACUAAGCGCGGACUCCAUGUCAAAUCCUCCGGUUAUAAGGUGAUCCAUGUAACUGGCCGCAUUCGCUGUCGCCCUGCCCUCGUGCCAGGCUCCUCCCGUUCGCUCCAUCGGCCUAUGGGACUGGUCGCACUCGCUCACACGCUCCCACCCUCCACUCUUAAUGAAGUACGCAUGGAGAGUCACAUGUUCGUCUUCCGUGUUAACAUGGACCUCCAGGUCACCUACUGUGAGAACAGGAUCUCUGAGUAUAUGGAUCUGAGUCCAGCUGAAGUGGUGGGACAUACUUGCUAUCACUUCAUCCAUGUGGAGGACUUGGACAUGAUCCGACAGAGCCAUGAAGACUUGUUGCGGAAAGGGCAGGUUGUGACUGGUUACUAUCGCUGGCUGCAGAGGAGAGGAGGUUACGUUUGGGUCCAGUCAUGUGCCACUGUGUCUAUCAACCACAAAGCCCCCCACGAACGCAACGUCAUCUGGGUCAACUAUAUUCUGAGUCGGACGGAACUGCCAGACACACCGCUGGAUUUGCUACAACUCCCAGAAACUCUCAGAGCUGAGCGUCUACGGGCAAACUCCUCUCCUCGAGACAUCUCUCCAAAGGCACAUGGCCCCACCGGCACUCAGCCAGGAAAGGGUGGGGGAGGCCGGAACGAGCCUGAGCGUAAAGGAAGAGAAUCGUAUGCUCACCCAACUGUUAACCAGUCAGAUGAUAGAAGAAAGAGGCCUCGUCGGUCCAGCCCUGAAAAUGGUCCCCCAGAAACAAGGAGGCGUAUGGAAACGUUUCGGCAAAGAGAAGACAGUCCAUCUGGGUCUUCAGAUCCAGGCAGUGACAGUGAUGCAGAUGAGGAGGAAGAAGAGGAGGACAAGGAGAGUGAGUGGGACCACAAUGGCAACAGCAAGAGAGUGAAGAGUGAGGAGGGUGUGCCCAAGCAGGCCGGCAGGGUCAGUGGUUUGGAUAAAGCCCACAAUGGCCGUGCUGUGAUUCAACAACUGAAAAGUGUAGUGACCAGCACAGCUGGAUCAAACAUUAAAACUGAGCGUUCAACCACCGGAGGGCGAUGGGGUCAUCCUCACCCUAGUGCCCAUGCCAUCAGUGGCAUAAAUGGCAAUAGCCCCCCUUCGCAAGCUCCAGACCCAAUCGCUACAGAAGCUCCAGCCAAGGGCCUUUUCAGUCCCCCAUCUCCUACCCUGUCCUCACCCAUCCCAGCUUCGCCACUGCCCAGAGAAGAGCGUCCAAUUCACAGUGCUCGCAGCCCAGAUUAUGAGCUCCUCCAGAGACUGGCUGCAGGUGGGGCAGCUGGGCGUGUCCUCUUCCACCCUUUGGCCCUCGGCCCCCAGGGGCCUCAGAGCCUUUACGCCCCGAGCACCAUUCGCUACGCACCGCCUGAGCUGCCCACGACACACACUGACAGCCACCGCACUGACCACACACCUAAAUCACCCGCUUUCUUCCCUCACCUGCAAAGGAUUGCUGGGCUGCCACCCUUCAGCGGCUUCUCACCCUCAGAACCGCCAUUUCCCCCAACGCUGCCCUUCUGCAUGAACGGACUGAGAGGGGCAGCAGGAACAGAGGAAGACUGAGAAAGAGAGGUCAGAUAUAGAGAGGUGGAGAGAGAUGAGAGGAAUUGAUUUAUCCAUACUCCACCCACAGGUGCAUUAUUUUUUUAAAGUACUGUUUUGAGGUUGUACAAGCUUUACAGAACGGUGGCGAAAUGUUCAGCCCAUUGAGAAAUUGUAGGACAAAUUAUUCACAUUGGAAUGCUAAGUUUUUUUUAGGAUCGCUAAAUAAUGUUAAAUGUCCAGUUUAAUAUGAUUCAAAUAACUAAUGGUGUUGUUCACUUACCACGCAGGUUUUAAAAAGCCCAUAUAAUGGAAGUAAACAUUCUCUUAUUUGGAAGUGUUAUAUCAUUAAUGUUUCAAAACAUACCAUACCCAUACAACAUACCCAGUCCAUACAGUCCAUACAUGGAAACUAUGCUGCAAAAACAGCCCAUUUUGAAUUGUUUCUGUGAUUGUACCAGAUUGUACAUUUAUCUAUCUGAUCACUCUACAGCAGUUUAACCCUGCACAUUCAUACUGAAAUUCUAAGGAGUGUUUCACAUUGCUUUUUGAAAGAGGCAGCCAAUCAGAACAGAGCUCAUUUAUAUAUAUCAAUCUUAAAGGUACAGUGACAAAGACAGUCUAUUAAAUUCUGAAGGAUAUAGAGAGGUUAGUAAAUGGUACUGUAAAAAUGUAUUAUGGUACAUAAAACCACAGGAUGCUCUAAGUGGAAAAUACAAGAAAAAUGGCCCUUUAGCUCUGCUUAAAUUUGUAACAGACAUUCAAGAAUAUUCUUUACUUUAGGUAUGUAGGUACAGCUUAACUGAAUAUUAUUGGAGUAAAUGUUAGCUGUUUUACACGCUGUUCAGGCUAGAACUAGCUAAAUUAAUAAUUUUACUUCAUUUACAUGCAAUUUGUAACUGCAAACAUUUAAUGUUACUUCGUGGUCGUACAAUUUAUAAUCGCAAACAUGCAUGCUUUAGUGAGACCCUGCUGUAUGGGUUUCCUCUUUUUCAGUGAUGCUUACAAAAGCAGUUUGAGUGCGCCCCUUUGUGGAGACUUCUCAGCCUGCCAAAUAGCUAUGAUCAGCCAAUACUGUAUUUCAUUCAAGUUUUAAACUAAUUAUUUAGCCGAUUCAUAAAGAACUUUAACAUUUCAUUCAUUUUCUAAAUCAAGUAAUUGAGACAUCCUCACACAUGCAUAAUGAAUUUGAAACAAAUUUGUGUGCUAGUUUCUCAUUAUGGAAUUUGUUCUGUAAAGCCUGUGCUAAAUACUUCACAACGCUUGCUAAAAAGAACACAUUUGUGGGCAGAGUAUGGGUAGGUCAGUUGACAGCAAAGAUGGCACAAUAUUGACUGCUAGGAGGUGGGGCAAAUGUUAAAGCAGUGCAGGUUUGUCACUCAGUCUUCCCAGCAUCCUCUCUAGCUAGCUCAUGAGUAAGCAUGGGUCUUCCUCUCUCUGGACAAGCAGGAAAAGCCAUACUGUAUAAAUAGAGGUCAUCAUGCAAUCACAUAUAUUGGUACAUGGGGGGAAUACUCCAGAAGGGAAUACAUCCAUUAAUGAAAUGAAAGGGACAAAGGCAUAUCAGAACACGAUCAUGCUCAAGACAUUUGUUGAUUGCCAAAAAAAAGAUGUUCCUAGUCUGAGAUAAUAAGAAAGCACAGUCCCUUCAUGGAGUGAUCACGGUUAAGCCCCUUUCAUGGGUUUGAAUCCUUUAAACACUGUAGUAUUUUUUAUUUUGUACAGAAAAACAUAAAAUAUUUGUCUCUUAUUCUCGUGUCUUUGAGCUUAUGGUUAAAAAAAGAAUCACUUAAGUGAUUCAGAUUCAGAAAAUGCAGCCAUAUUUAAGACAUUUGGGAUUUAAAGACUGCUUCCAUGCAAGGCUCCAAAGCCCUAUACAGAUCAUGUGAACAAAAUAAUGUCAAGAACUAACUUUCUUAUUGGUAUUUAG